CCGGAACAGAAACAAUAACAGCAGAAACAAACCGGCCACUACAGUCAAAUAAAAACACAACAGGUUUGUUUUCUGCUGCAGAAACGAUGGAGGAGUACAACUCUGGAGACGAUGUCAUCUUCAAUUCUGAUGAGACGAGUGUCUUGGUGAAAGAGUGUGUGGAAGGCAUCAUCGGUGGGACAGAUUAUAACCAGAAUAAAGUGAACCAGUGGACGGCCAGUAUAGUCGAGCAGUCGCUGACUCACCUGGUGAAACAAGGACGGCCAUUCAAAUACAUAGUGAACUGUACGAUCAUGCAGAAGAGCGGCGCAGGUCUCCACACGGCCAACUCCUGCUACUGGGACACGGCCACUGACGGCAGCUCCACCGUCAGGUGGGAGAACCGGACCAUGUACUGCGUGGUCAGCGUGUUCGCGGUCGCCGCCGUGCUGUAACCUGCAGAGCUGCCUGCACUCUCCCUCCAGAAGCUGUCAAGUCUGACGCCGUGCUUGAAUUCAAAUUGUGGCCAUGACUCCACAAGGAUCUCGUAACAACUUCCUCUCAGUAUAAAGUGAUCAUCCCCCUCCCCUUCACCCCCGCAGGCAUGAACGACAGCAGUGCACUGGCGGUGCUGGUGUCACAUGUGUACGGACCAAACUCGUGUUCAGAGAACCGCGCUGAUGAGCUCCUGAGUAAUUUUAAAUAUAAUUUGUGAAUUUUCAUCUAAAAGAGACGUGUUGAAUAGAAAACUCUAAAUAUGCAUGCAUUACUAAUAAUGACACCCUGGUUGAUUCCUCGCCUCAUUAGCAGCAAGGAUCCAUGCAGCUGGAGCUUUGCAUAAUGUGGUUUUGUUACCAGUUUUAGGUGUAAAUGUUGCUCUUAUCAAAAGGACCAAAUGCUGCAAUACUAAUGACAUUCUUGUUGGCCUUAGAUACAUCCGCGAUAGAUACAUCCGCGAUUACUCCUUUGUCAGGUAUUCGCAUGUUUCAUUUCAGCAUGGCAGCAUAUACAGCAUUCAACAAACAAGACUGAGUUGUUGCCAUAGUGAGAAGGUUUUCAGAAAAGUCCCAUUGCCUUAGCAAGUAGUCUGCUGUCCACUGGUGUAAAGAGCAUCUUUGUACGUGGAAAUUGUACUUAUUUAUUUAUCCGUGUUGGCAGGACAGUGUCUCCUCGGUAGUUCAGGUGUUGUCAAUAAUGAUUGUUCUGUUCAUUUGUUCAAUAAAUUGAUUUGAUUAGCUGUC